GUUAUGAUAUGUUGUAUUCUAGAUAUAAACGAGGAUUUUACCUACAAUAAUAAGUGAGCAUUGGUGCAUAAUUGAUGAAGUUAAUUUGAAUAUUAUGUUUUAUGAAAUAUAAUUUGCAUAACAAUACGUAAAAAUAGAAUAAAAAAAUUAUAACAAUUUAAAUUUGUAUCUUCAUUCAUAAGAAAAAGUAAAUAUAUAUAAUAUAUAUAUAUAUGUACAUAUAUAUAAAAUUCGUUUUAAUGACUUCUAAAGUUUUGAUGAUUUUUAUCAUUAAUAAAGUAACUAUUAUUUCAUGAAUUUGUUGAAUAGUUGAAAAUAAAAGUGUAAGAAGAACUAAAUAAUAAUCGAUUUUACAUUAAUCUUAAUUUUGAUUCAUAUAAUAUUACAGGUUCUACAUUUAUAUUACAAACAUUGAAUUUAAAAUUUACAUAAUGGCUACAUUUACAUUAGCAAAGGUAGAAUUACAAACUGAUGUAUACAUGGUAUGCUUGCAGCAUGCCUUGUCAACAGAAAAAUUUGAAGUAAUGGGAUUACUAAUUGGAGAUACAGAAGAUAAUAUUGCAAGAAUAGUGGCAGUCAUUAUUUUAAGACAUUUGGAUAAAAAGAAAGACAGAGUAGAAAUUUCAACUGAACAAUUAUUAAAAGCUGUUGGUGAAGCAGAUCGUUUAAGUGAAGAAUUAAAACGUCCUGUACGUAUUCUUGGAUGGUAUCAUUCUCAUCCUCAUAUUACAGUUUGGCCAUCACAUCUUGAUAUUAGAACUCAAACAAAUUAUCAAACAAUGGAUCAUGGUUUUGUUGGUUUAAUAUUUUCAGUAUUUUCAGAAAGUAAAGAAUCUAAGGAGCAAGAAAUUUCUUUAAUUUGUUUUCAAUCUCAUAAUGAGAAAUUAACAGAAAUUCCAUUAGAAAUUGUACAUACACCAAUAAUAUCAAAUACAUGUCUAAAAACAAUGACAAAUUUGUUAAAAUUAUUGGUACAAGAAGAAGAAGAGAUGGCAGAAACAUAUAAAGAUCAACAAGAUAUUCUUGCCAGCAUACACAAUAAUGCUGUGAGAACACGAACAUUAGUUCAUAUAACAGAUAUAAUUACUAAGCCUUUGGUAUUAAUGUUUAAGAAAAGGAUAGCUUUAAAUAAAUUACGUGCUGCAUAUCUUCGAAGGCAGCUACAAGAACUACAAAAAAUAUAUAAUUGAUGAAAAUUUAUGUUAUAAUUAAAGACAAUGUUUCUCUAUUUUUUCGUGUGUAUAAGUACAUUAAGUUGAAUUUUUUUUUAUUGCAUAGUAAUGAAUUCCCGUUUUAUUUUCGUAUUAUUUAUUAUUAUAGAAGAUGAAACAAUAUUCUGCAUAAAAACUGUAGUAUUAUAUAAGAAAUAAAAUUUCAUUAAUUUUUUUUCACGUUUAA